AAAAUACAACAUAACCACGACGUGGAGUCGCUCAGGUGUGGAAACUGCUCACAGAGAACUGAGCAGCUGUCCGUGGUGCUGAAAGUGAUCGUGCAUUAAACCGGCGGUGAUUUAUUCGAGUUGAGAAAAUACAAAAGCAUUGAAAGGGGACCGGAAGCAGCCGGUAGUGUCAGACACCGACACCGACACGCUUUGUGCUCCCUGAACUUUGUGUGGGUUUGAGAUGCGCGUACCCGAGCGAUGCCUGGGAUAGUUAAGGACCCCAUUCUCACACGAGUAAGCGCGCCAAAAACGGGAGAUGACGGUGGGCUGCAUUCCCAUUGACUGAGAGGGAGAGAGAGAGAGAGAGAGAGAGAGAGCACGGACUCCGCCUAUACCAACCCAACAUCCAGCUCCAGUACGGCGACGGCGGAGGCUCCACAGAUCAGCCGAGCGAAGAAGAACCACGGCCCCCUCCUCAGCUCGACUCAGUUCCCGGCGUGAAAAAACGGAGAUGGGCUCCGUGUGAAUCCGGGCGGUGGAGGGGAGAGGAGGGCAGGCGGGGGGUGGGGGGGGAACGACGACGAGAGCGUGGUGGGGGCAGAAACACCCAUAAAGAGGACAAACAAAAGCACAGCCGAGGGUGCCUCCAACCAUGAGCGGCUCGCACUAUUCGCCGGAGCUGCGGCUGCCGCUACCGCGUUCACUACACCCGCCGACCAUGUCGUGAGGUGUGGCUCGGGAACGCUCCGGGAAACCUGUCAGCCGAAACGACACGCCGAGGAGAAGGAGGAGGAGGAGGUGGUGGUGGUGGGGUGGUGGUGGUCGAAAAGAUGUCCGCCUCGGUGGGGCCCCAGGGCGGCCCUCGCCCACCCACCGUGCCGCCGUCCAUGCCGGAUCUGCCGGACCUUAGCCACCUCACCGAAGAGGAGAGGAAGAUAAUCAUGGCAGUGAUGGCUCGGCAAAAGGAGGAAGAGGAGAAAGAACAAGCCAUGCUAAAAACACUGCACAAGCAGUUUGAGAGCUACAAACAGGAAGUGCGUCGCAUCGGGGCCGAGACGCGGCGCCAGCAGACCCAGCAGAAGGACGACGCGCCCACCUGCGGCAUCUGCCGCAAGACUAAGUUUGCAGAUGGCUGCGGCCACCUCUGCUCCUACUGCCAGAUCAAAUUCUGCGCUCGCUGUGGAGGGCGGGUCUCUCUGCGCUCCAACAAUGAGGACAAAGUGUGUCUCAUAGUGAAGGACAGGGUAAUGUGGGUAUGCAACCAGUGCCGUAAGCAGCAGGAGAUUCUCACCAAAUCAGGAGAAUGGUUUUCGGGGUCAGGGGUGCGGCCCGGGAGCCUGGGCACCUCUUUAAACAAUCCAGCCACGGGAGGUGAGGCCCAACGGGACAGGAAGCUACUCCGCUCCAGGUCCCAAGCCCCACCAUCCAGCACCAACGCCAACACAGGGCCACCAGACGGGACACAUCCGCCCGCCGGCGUCACUGCUCUCAAGGGUGCUGACACCAUGCCUGGCUCUCGCUCUCAAAGUGAACCCCCAAGAGAAAAGAAAAGGCCAGUUUCUUUCCAUGAGCAAAAUGGUAAGGGAGGCAUGGGACGUGGUUCUGCCCGGAGACCAGCAGACAAGUUGCAUUCACAGUCAUCUCUGGACGAGCGGGUGGGUCCCGGAGACAGAGGAGAGAGAAGGUUAGGAGAUGGAAGGCGGCUGGAAAAGAUCCACUCUCAGGACUACGAAGACGGGGAUGAAAACCUGGGUCGUUCAGAAACACACCGCAGGCGUCCAGAGGAUGAGGAGAAGAGGGAACGGCAGCGGCGCGAGGAGGAGUUCCAGAACCGCUAUCGCAGUGACCCCAACUUGGCAAGAUACCCAGUCAAACCACAGAAGGAGGAGCAGGAGAUGCGCAUGCACGCCAAGGUGUCAAAGGUGCGGCAUGAGCGACGACACAGUGAUCUUGCAAUAAAUGAGGUCGGACUGGGGCCUGGUGAAGGGGGUGGGGGAGGUGGGGGUGGAGGCAGCACAGGAGAGGUGCCAGAAAACCGUCUUGCCAGGAGGGGUGGAGGUGGGGAAGGAGACCGCAAGGCCCUCAUGGAGAAUCACAGGGCCUACUCUGCAGAUAGGACCGUGGGGGUUGUAGGUGGGGCUCCCCCUGCCAGUGGAGGGGGAAGAUCAGGGUCCCAACCCGGGGGACCUGUGCCUUCAGACUGGGGUCCAAACAACAGUCGCCUGGAGCAUGGACCCCAAGACGGGACGCGGACAUCAAGGGAGAAGGGUGGGGUGGAUAACCUGCUGAGGAAGGACUCUCAGGGCUCGGACCAGUCGGAGUCUUUGCGGCCACCCCCUCCACAGUCAUACAAGGGCAAGCGCGGAGUCAACAAGAGGCAGAUGUCCAUCAGCAGCUCAGAGGAGGAGGGCGGAUCCACGCCCGAGUACACCAGCUGUGAGGACGUGGACAUGGAAAGUGUCAGCGAGAAAGGCGACUGGGACUGUCAUCCUCUAGAUCCUGCAGUUUGGCACCAUCCAGUUUCGUGGCAGCCAUCCAAAGAGGGUGACCACCUGAUUGGACGGAUCACUCUGAGCAAGAGGUCAGCCAUGCCCCGUGAGGCAGGCUCUCUCCUGGGACUAAAAGUGGUAGGAGGGAAGAUGACGGAGACAGGGAGACUUGGGGCCUUCAUCACCAAAGUUAAAAAAGGGAGUCUGGCAGAUGUCGUGGGACACCUACGUGCAGGUGAUGAGGUGUUGCAGUGGAACGGGAAGUCGUUGCCAGGAGCAACCAAGAAAGAAGUGUACAACAUCAUUCUCGAAUCCAAGGCUGAGCCUCAAGUGGAGAUUGUUGUUUCGAGACCUAUAGGAGACAUCCCAAGAAUCCCAGAGUCCUCCCACCCUCCUCUAGAAUCUAAUCCCUCAGCAGGCUCCAGCUCCUUUGAGUCCCAGAAGAUGGACCGUCCAUCUAUAUCCGUGAUGUCCCCUACUAGUCCCAGUACUCUCAGAGACCUUCCUCUGGUUCUGCCUGGACAGCUCUCUGUGAAGCUGUGGUACGACAAAGUGGGCCAUCAGCUGAUUGUCAACGUCCUUCAAGCCAUAGACCUGCCACCCCGACCAGACGGACGACCUCGAAACCCCUACGUCAAGAUGUACUUCCUGCCUGAUAGGAGUGAUAAGAGUAAACGACGGACUAAAACCGUGAAAAAGAGCGCUGAGCCCAAGUGGAACCAGACCUUUAUUUAUUCCCACGUUCACCGGCGAGACUUCAGAGAGCGCAUGCUGGAGAUCACAGUGUGGGACCAGCCUCGAGUCCAGGAGGAGGAGAGUGAAUUCCUGGGCGAGAUCCUCAUAGAGUUGGAGACGGCCUUGCUAGACGACAUUCCUCACUGGUAUAAGCUCCAGACACAUGACGUGUCCUCUAUACCUUUGCCACAGCCCUCUCCAUACCUCCCACGGAGACACGUCCAUGGAGACAGCCCCAGCAAGAAACUACAGAGGUCUCAUCGCAUCAUUGAUACAGAGUUUGAUGAUGGUUUGAUAGUAGUGACUAAAGGCGCAGAGCGUAACUCCAGGGAGAGAGAGCGGGGCAGCACGUUGGCUGUGCCCGAGCAGCAGCGGCCCGUCCAGCACCGCUCGCGCUCGGUGUCUCCUCACAGAGAAGACACGUGCAGAGCUCGGUCUCGGCCUGCACACGUGCCCAUGCAAAGGAGUUUGGAUGAGAUCCACCAGAACCGCCACCACUCCCACUCCCCCUCCCAUUACCACGAGCCCCACUUGGAGCACCAACGCUCAGGUGACUCGGACUACGAGUACUCUGAGGACAGUGAGGUCCUGGAGAUGCACAGGUCUAUCCGGGGCGGGAGUGCCGAGUGCCUGCACACAAACAGGGGCAUAGGUAGAUACAGCAACACCCUCCCCCCCAAAAUGCCCCUGUUAGUAAACGGUAUCCAUAAAGACAUUUACAGUGACCUGCAGCCGUCGUUGGACAGAGUGAGGAGCGCCAGCACCACGUGUCUGAGACCAGACUUUCACUCUACUGACAGAGACAGGUGUUCCAACUCUUUGCCCCGAAAGACUCCCCCAAGCCCCAGGAUCUUAGUAGAACAUGUGGCCCCUGAGGAAGACAGGCAGUCUAACAGUUCUCCAGGUCCAAACUGUCCAAAGGGCAGCAGAAAAAGCCUGGAGGGGGACAGUCGCAUCCAGCCCACCUCUAUCCUGAGGGGCAGUAGAGGGAGAGGAGGCCCUCUGAGGCCCUUUGGCCAGACAGUCCUGUCAGGGUCUUGUCCUAACUCACCACGGCUGGACAGAGCACACCCUUAUGGCAGCCCGACUUCCCCAGCGGGGACUCCCUCAUCAGGUCGCAGGGGCAGGCAGCUCCCUCAGCUCCCCGCUAAAAGCAGCAGUAUAGAGCAAGCCCUCGCAGUGGAGGAGCGAGCCCGACAGCUGCAGAUGAAAGUACAUUCCUACCGGCCUUCAGCCUCCCACGACCAUGAGACGAACCUCAAGACCAAACGGGAGAUGUAUGCAGAACAGAGGCGCAGCAGCGACAACAUGUCGGCCAGAUCUUCAGACAGCGAUAUGAGCGACGUGUCGGCGAUCUCCCGAGCCAGCAGUGCCUCCCGCCUCAGUAGCACCAGCUACAUGUCUAUCCAAUCAGAACGGCCCGGGGGACGACUCAGAUCCAAGUCAUUAGAGGAGGACAAGAAGGACAGGAGGAUCUCAUGGGGGGUGGAUGGAGAGGAGGAGGAGAAUGAAGGUGGAAAGAGGCAGGUCUCCGAGGAGCUGAAGCACAGGAGACACACUGUGGCAGGAGACACGAGAGAGUCCAGUCGGCAGAUGCGAGCGUCCAUGGGCCGCAGCAUGCUGAAGAGCUCCAGCGUGAGCGGAGAGAUCUACACCCAGGAGCGCACAGACGGCAGCCAAUCAGACACGGCGUUGGGCACGGUGGGCAGCGGCAGCAAGAAGAGACGCUCCAGCCUCAGCGCACGGGUGGUGGCCAUCGUUGGCAACCGUCGCAGCCGCAGCACAUCGCAGAUCAGCGGCCCCGAGGGGAAGAGUAAGAAGGAGAAAGGAGCGUCCAUCCAGAGGAGCACGGAGACCGGCAUGGCCGUGGAGCUGACGAGGAACAUGAGCCGGCAGCCCAGCAGAGAGUCCAACAACGGCAGCAUGAACAGCUGCAACUCCGAGGGGAACUUGAUCUUUUCUGGAGUGAAUCUAGGUGCCAGCAGUCAAUUCAGUGACUUCCUGGAUGGACUCGGACCAGCUCAGUUAGUGGGAAGACAAACACUGGCUACUCCUGCCAUCGGUGAUAUCCAGAUUGGUAUGAUGGAGAAAAAGGGUCAGCUGGAGGUGGAGGUGAUCAGAGCACGAGGACUUGUACAGAAGCCAGGAUCCAAAUCUCUCCCUGCUCCAUAUGUCAAAGUCUAUCUGCUGAAUAAUGGAGCGUACGUAGCCAAAAAGAAAACCAAGAUUGCACGGAAAACACUUGACCCACUGUACCAGCAAGCACUGCUAUUUGAGGAGAGCCCGCAGGGGAAAGUGUUACAGGUGAUUGUAUGGGGAGACUAUGGCCGCAUGGACCAUAAAAGCUUCAUGGGAGUUGCACAAAUCUUAUUGGAGGAGCUGGACUUAUCAAGCACAGUCAUCGGUUGGUACAAGCUGUUCCCACCAUCCUCUCUGGUGGAUCCGACACUUGCCUCCCUGACUCGACGAGCUUCUCAGUCGUCUCUCGACAGCUCGUCCGGGCCGCCCGGGGUCCGAUCUUAGUGGACCAACAGCUCUCCACCACUCGCCGAGAAAAACUAAAACUAAAACUCGGAGAGAAAUAAAAAUACAAACGGCAGAAAUGUAGAACAACAACAAUCAGAAACACGAGAAAGCUUUGUUGAAAUCUGACAAUCACUCCUGCCGCGGUUAAUUUUGUCUGUCGUAGGGAGCGUCGCAUUUCAGUGUUUCAUGUCCAUUCGAGGAAAAGUCUCUGUGUUUUCUCUGUGUGUGCUGAAGAAGCCGUGCAGCAGCUGUCCAGAUAGUACCAGAGAAUCCAAACGAAGCAGGGUGGCUUUUAAACGAAUCAACAAUAGCAAAGAAAUGUAUGUAAAGCAUCAGAAUGUAUGGACUCGAGACAAGAGGUAAUCACCCUCCGCUCCUGCAGGCGGCACUGCCCUCCCUGCAGUGGCCUCCUCCAGAACCCCAACAGACUGCUAGCAUUCCCGUCCCCGCCAUGCGUGGGGACAGGGUACUCAGUCUGGAAGCACAGGGCCUUCUUCUGGUGCCUAGACCUCGGAGCCGCAUUACUGGUUCCCCCCCCCCCCCACUCUGUGGAAAGAUCCUCUUUUCAAUAUGUUUACCAUGGCUGCUCUGAAGCCGCACCGUUUCAGCGUGUUUGCUUUGUUGUUCAUUUCUUUCCCUUCGUUACUACUGGCACAAGAUGUUUUUAAAAGUGCUCAUGAUAAUGUUGUCAGUCUGGUGUGUGCAUGGAGAGUAAAAAUAAAAUACAAGAGAUUUUAAAAAAAAGCUAUUAAAUGUCUGCAAGUGUUAUGCAGGAAGAGGGCGGGGAACAGGUUAGAUUUUUACAUGUGAGAUUAGCGUUGUUUUGCUGGCAAGCGUGCGGGCCAGUCGUCUUUGUAUAGGUGUAUAUUAGGCCUCCCAGGAGGUUGACCAAUAAGUAAAAUUUAUGUCACUUUGAAAUAUCACAAGGGUACAAUGUCAAUGUAAAAAAAGAAAACGUAAAUCUUUGUUCACCUAUGUGAGAGCGAGACAGGAGCCUCUAAUUUUUCACAUUUUUUGGGAGGCACGUUCCCUCCCUCCCGGCAUGUUGAAGGUUUUUAUCCAAUCUUUAGUUCAACAUUUUUUUCUUUUUAAAUUUAAACACAAGCACAAGAGCUUGAUUUUUUUACAACAAAAAGUUUAACGUUUUGAAGAAAAAAAAAUAAUACAUAGCUAAAAAAAUCAAAAACAAAAAAAGGACAAAAAGCAGCAAUCCUCCCGUCACCGGUUCUCUUCAUCGUUUCGUCUCGACGUUCGGAGGCAAACAGAACAACAAAUAUUGUCACAGUUUUUUCCUCGUGCAUCUCGGUGAAUGUGGGCCAAUCAGACCGAUCCGUCGGGACGCCAACGCUCAUCCUCCGUCCGGCCUGAAGGCUCCUCCCACCCGGAGGGGGGAGGGGCAGCAUGACUUUGGAACCUGUUCCAAGCUGCAUGCACAUUUUUGUAAACAAACAAACAAAAAAAAUCUAGAUACGCGUGUUAGUUCCACAUACUGUAGGGCCGCUUGUAUGUUGCAUGCAGUUGUACAGUUUGCUCGUACUUGAAUAUUAAAGAGAUAAAACCAAGAAACUGAAGCCAUUCCCAUUACGCAAAGACAUCUAAAUCCACUGCAGUCCAGUCCACGUCCUUCAGUCCGGUGCUGAAUGUCUCUCAAACCGAUUCCCAAGAUUACAUUGAUGUCUCUGGAAGAUGUACUGUACUGUACUGAGCAGACCUCGCAGCCCCUCUUACUGUUAUUCCACAUCAUAGUAUACCUCCGAGGGGCUGGGACGAUGAAUGAAUAAAUAUGUACAAAUCAGAUCUAUGAAAAUAUGAAUUAUGUUUCAACAUAAUGAUUUCAGACGACACGGAGAAUAAUCUCAGACGCACAGAAAGUCGCACCCUGUAAAUACUCAGCAGCCAUUCCCGGGGUUUUCAUUUGGUUCACUGAGAAAAGGGGCCAAGUCUUAUAAUAAGGAGCGAUUAGUACUUUAGGUGACGAGGGGACCGUGCUGUGGGACGGCGAUGGCUCUAAAAGUCCUCGUCUGAACACUUCUCUGUGCUUCAAACUCGGCGUCUGUGCCCGGCCCGCCAUGCUCAGUCCCGCAUCACUCCAGAUUUCUUUUCAUUGUCCAGUGAAGCUGUUUUUUCCUUAUUUAUUUAGGGUUUUUUUCCCCUUGUCAGUAUUAACAGGAGAAAAAAUUGCUGAUUGUUUACAACUUCUGUGUUCCACUGAAACAAGAAAAUCAGAAAAAAGUAAAGCAUUCACUGCAACAUUUCUUGUUUGUAUAACAGAUGUGGCUCAAAUGAUGUGUAUGUUUUAUAUAUAAAAAAAAUUUCAUUUUUAUGAUUUACAAAUAAAAAAGAAUGUGUGGAAAAAAUA